AAGGCGCCAGCCCCAAGCCCAUGUCGGAGCUGCACCAGCAUCUCCUGGCGCACGCCUUUCUGCCACAGGCACCGCGGCAUGCCGCUCACUUCGCUGCGGCCUUCUCGCGCGAGCCCGGCGGCCAGGCAGGCGAGCGGCGAGCGCUGCCGGCCUUCUUUGCGGCGCACAACCCGAGCUGCGUGCGCUGCGAUGUGCCCCUCAUCCCCGGCAUGACGGCACGCACGGGCAGACGCUCGCGCAAGUGCUUGCUCUGCGGCACGGUGUGCUCGCCCGCAUUGACGAGCAAGCCGGCUGUGCCCUCGACGCGCGCACGGCAACGGGCAGCAAAGGCAAAGGCGGCGCAGCAGGCUCAGGAGAAGCGAGCAGCCGUGGCCCCAGCGCUGCCCGUCGCAACGUCGUCGAAGAGCGUCGAGCCACCGCGCGCGGCUCCUGCCCAGGCCGAGCCCAUCCCACAGACGCUCGACGCGAAGCGCCUGCAGAAGAAGAAGCGCAAGGCCGAGGCGGCGUCCCUCGCUGUCCCGCCGGAGCGGCCCGCACCGCCGCAUGCUGCACCAGCUCUGCAGGUACCAAGCACAUCUGCCAUCGCGGCGUCACCACCGCUCGCUCCUGCUCCUCCUGCGCCACCACCGACACGGUCCUCAAGUAGAGAGAUACCGAGCGCUCGCGGCGGCAGCAGCGCCAAGAGCGAGAAGAAGGCUGCGCUGCGCGCCAUGCUCGCGGCCGACAAAGCACGGCGAGAGCAGCAAGAGGCGGCCAAGACGGCCGCGCCCAAGUCAGGACUGCAGGGCUGGCUCGACGCGCUGUAGCGCAGCUCAAGUCUGCGUCGCGGCGCCUUCACCCAUCUGUCACGUCUCACACGCAUCUCGAUACCAAUCUCAUCACAUUCACC